AUGUCCCCGUCCUCGACGGGCGACUCUCCCCACUCGGCCAACGGUACCACGGGGAGAUCGUUUCCCGUUCCUUCGCGUGACAACUUCAACAUAGAGGUCCCCUCGCCCUCAAUGACGUCCAUCACAAACGGUGUACACCCUCUAAAGUCACCUGCCUCACUCAAGACACAGAGAACGCCCAGUUUCAGCAGAGAUGGCAUUAUCGGUUCCGCCCAAAAGGCCCGCAACAUGUCUCAGUCUUCCGACAACCGACCUGAUGCUUUGACCAAUGGCGUACACAAGCCGCUCAGCGAGGAGGAGGGCUCGAACCCGCUUAAGAGAAGAAACACAGACGCUGGCGUUGAUUACCCCCGAAGGAGAGCCACCAUUGCGUGCGAGGUUUGUCGCUCCCGCAAGUCUCGCUGUGAUGGAACCAAGCCCAAAUGUAAGCUUUGCACCGAGCUAGGUGCCGAGUGCAUUUACAGAGAGCCUGGCAUCAAGCUGGACGCCGGGGACAAGUUGAUUCUAGAGCGCCUGAACCGUAUCGAGAGCUUGCUGCAGAUGAACAUGGUCUCGGGGCAACCCGGCGGCAUGGCCAUGAAUCAAGAGUCUCCCUCCCUCAGCAACGGUUCAGGGCUCAACGGUGAGAGUAUGAUGGGAGUUUCCAGCUCCGGCAACUUUGUCUCUAUCAUUCCCAACGGUGGUUUGGGCACUUGGAACAACCCUACAAACAUAUCAACCAUGCCCAAGCUACACACGAAUGCCGCCCUACACCUACUACAGUGGCCUCUUAUCCGCGAUCUCGUAUCACGGCCUUACGACCCACAGAUUCUGCUUCAGCUGGAAAUGGCCCGCGAACCUCUACACUCAUUGACAAAAACCCCAUGUGUCGACCUCUCCAAUACGACCGCCUACAUUGAGGCGUACUUUGAGCGAGUGAACGUUUGGUAUGCUUGUGUUAACCCAUACACUUGGAGGAGUCAUUAUCGCACGGCGCUCUCCAACGGUUUCCGAGAAGGCGCCGAGAGUUGUAUCGUAUUGCUUGUGUUGGCAUUGGGUCAGGCAAGUCUCAGAGGAAGUAUUUCAAGGAUUGUUCCUGGUGAGGACGCUCCUGGACUGCAAUACUUCACCGCCGCCUGGGCCCUCCUUCCGGGCAUGAUGACAUCCAAUAACGUCCUGGCAGCCCAGUGUCAUCUUUUGGCUUCGGCCUAUCUGUUCUACCUUGUGCGACCGCUCGAGGCCUGGAACCUCCUAUGUACCACGAGCACAAAACUACAGCUUUUGCUCAUGUCUCCCAACAGAGUCCCACCAAACCAAAGAGAGCUAACUGAGCGCAUCUACUGGAACUCGCUCUUAUUCGAGAGCGACUUACUAGCCGAGCUGGAUCUGCCACACUCGGGUGUCGUUCAGUUUGAAGAGAAUGUCGGCCUCCCAGGUGGCUUUGAGGGCGAGGAACAAGAAGCCAUCGGACGAGACGACCUGUGGUAUUUCUUGGCCGAAAUUGCCCUUAGGCGGCUCCUCAACAGAGUUAGUCAGCUCAUCUACUCCAAAGACUCCAUGGCCUCUACCACCAGCCUGGAGCCGGUGGUGGCGGAACUCGACUUUCAGUUGACGCAGUGGUACGAGAGCCUGCCCCAGCCGUUGCAGUUCCCUUUCGGCCGCACUCCGAUCUCAGAUCCGGUACAGACGGUUCUACGCCUACGGUUUUUCGCCUGCCGGACAAUCAUCUACCGCCCGUACAUUUUGGCCGUAUUGGACAACGAGCAGGCUGUGCUGGAUCCCGCGGUGAGACAAAAUUGCCACAGGUGCCUGGAAGCCUCCAUACGGCAACUGGAGCACAUUAACGCGCAUCAUGCCGGGCAUAUGCCAUACCUGUGGCAAGGGGCCCUCUCCAUCGUGUCGCAGACCUUGUUGGUUAUGGGUGCGACUAUGUCACCCUCUUUAAGCAGCAUUCUCCUCACCCUCGUUCCUCACCGGGAAACUAUUGACCAGAUCAUCACUGACGUGGUUAUGGAAAUUGAGCGAUAUUCGACCCUGGCGCCUAGUCUCAGUUUGGCGGCAGAAAUCAUCAAAGAGGCCGAAGUCAGAAGGAGGGCCUACUUGAGCGGUUGA